AACUCUUGGGUGCUUCAGAGACCACAGGAGUAAUAUGUGCACAUAAGGAGCAGCGUGAUACAACAUGUACAGCAGAGAUGUGCAGCCUAGCAGAGGGAGUAGUAGAUACAUAAGUGGUUAAAAUCAGGAUCAAUAGCCUGACAUAUUUAUGGUUUGAAACCAUGGAAGUAACGUAGCACUUCCUUCACCACAGCUCGCAAGUCUUUAGCAUGGCCAUGAAGCAUGCAAAAUAUCAGUUCUUGUUUUCUUCUUGUGCUACGGUGCUACAUGUAAGGAGGAGGAAAUUGAAGCUACUUCCAUCGCCAUAUUUCCUGUCCAGCACUAGUUCUGCUCCUAUCUCUUCUGUACCGGAAGGUUAUUUUCGAUUGGUCCUGUUUGCAGGCCCUAGUGAACAAGUAUUAUUACCAACUGAUUCUCAUUCAACUACCCCUCAUAGCACCAGUAACAAUGAAAACCGAAACAAGGGAAGGAGGAGAAGCGGGAGAAAGAGGAAGGAGACAGCAAAUCAAGAAAGGGAGUGUGUGCCAUCUGCAGAGGAAGUGUUCACUAGAAUAGGUGCACUCUAUGAAAGUGGUGACCCCCUUGGGCGGAAGGAGCUGGGCCGGUGUGUGGUGCAAUGGCUAAAGCUGGGCAUGCACUCAAUGGCCUCCGCAUUUGCUUCCACAGAAGUGCAGAAUGAUGGAGCAGCAUUCUCAAUGGAGGCGUCAUUUGAAGGCAACCUGGGGUUUAUAAAUCUGGCACAGCCUUACCUCGCUGCCACUCCCAUGCCCAAGGGGCAGGAAGCUCUCUGCCUCAAAGCGUCCACCCACUACCCCACCCUCUUUGAUCACUUCCAACGGGAACUCCGUGAUGUUCUAUUGAAACAGCAAAAUCAGGGCCUUAUUUCUGAUUGGCGUUCCACACAAUCCUGGAUGAUUCUGAAAGAAUUGCCUAACUCGUCCCAGCAUCGGAAAGGUACCCGCAAACCUAAAUCUCCAGCUAUGCACAGUACCCUUGGGGUAAGCCUCGACAAGACAAGGUUGAUGCAGACAAAAAUUGAUGACUUUGUCAAGAAAAUGUCUGACCUUCUACACAUUGAGCGAGAUGCAGAGCUGGAGUUCACCCAGGAAGAGUUGAAUGCCACCCCAAAAACGGAUAGUCGGUUGAAGCAGCCACUCAAACCAGUUGAAUACUUGGUGAACCAUGGUCAGGCAGAACAAGAGCAGUGUGACACUGUUUGCAAUUUGAAUGUUAUCAGUAGCUCAAAUGGGUUGGGAGGCUUGCGUUUGGUUCUAUUUAGAGUGGAAGGCACCCAUAAACUACCUCCAUCCACACUCUCUCCUGGGAACAUGGUUUGUGUGAGGACAUGCAAUAACCGGGGUGAGGUUGGUGCCUCUUGUAUGCAAGGAUUUGUACAUAAUCUUGGCGAGGAUGGUUUCAGUAUUACUGUUGCUUUCAAAUCUCGUGGUGGUGAUCCUACCUUCUCCAAAUUUUCUGGUAAAAGUGUGCGGAUUGAUAGGAUACAAGCGUUGGCUGAUGGACUCACAUAUGAGCGCAAUUGUGAAGCACUGAUGCUUCUGCAGAGGAAAGGUCUGCAGAAAACAAAUGCUUCCAUUGGGGCAGUAGCCACUUUGUUCGGGGACAAGGAAGACAUGAAGAUGCUGGAGAAUAAUAAUAUGGCUGAUUGGGGUGAAUCAGCAAUGCCUGUUGAUGGUUUAUUGGAGAAGUACAACUAUGAUUUUGAUGCCUCGCAGUCACAUGCUAUUGCACUAGGCUUGAACAAGAAAAGGCCUAUCGUAGUUAUCCAAGGGCCUCCUGGUACAGGCAAGACUGGUUUGCUUAGCAAUCUCAUUAGAUGUGCUGUCCAACAGCGUGAACGUGUUCUUGUAACAGCUCCAAGCAAUGCAGCAGUCGAUAACAUGGUGGAGAAGUUGUCAGGUACAGGGCUUAACAUUGUACGGGUUGGAAAUCCCUCUAGGAUAUCUCCAUCUGUUUCAUCAAAAUCCUUGGGGGAGAUUGUGAAGAGGAGUCUCGAGAAGUUCACACAAGAGUUUCAGAUGAAAAAAUCCAACUUAAGAAAGGACUUAAAUCAUUGCAUACAGGACGAUUCCUUAGCUGCAGGAAUACGUCAACGACUAAAAAAACUUGGUAAGAACUUCAGAAAGAAGGAAAAUGAAACAAUCAAGGAGAUACUUUCAAAUGCUGAGGUUGUUCUCUCAACUAAUAUAGGGGCAGCCGACCCACUUAUCAAGGGUAUUGGUUUCUUUGACCUCGUCAUUAUAGAUGAAGCUGGACAAGCAAUUGAACCCUCAUGCUGGAUCCCUAUACUACAGGGAAAGCGAUGCAUUCUUGCUGGUGAUCAGCACCAGCUUGCACCUGUAAUAUUAUCCAGAGAGGCUAUGGAAGGUGGGCUAGGAAUAUCUUUACUGCAGAGGGCUUCAUCAUUGCACGAUGGGCUACUGACUACACAGUUAACAAUGCAAUACAGAAUGCAUGAAUCAAUAGCCAGUUGGGCAUCGAACGAGAUGUAUUCUGGGUUGCUCAAAUCCUCACCAUCAGUCGCUUCUCGCCUUCUUGUUGACUAUCCAUUUAUCCAGGAAACUUGGAUAACUCGGUGUGCGUUGCUUUUACUUGAUACUCGUAUGCCAUAUGGAAGUUUAAAUAUCGACUGCGAGGAGCAUCUAGAUUUUGCUGGUACAGGAUCAUUUUAUAACAACGGUGAGGCAGAUAUAGUUGUGCAGCAUGUACUCAAUCUUGUACUAUGCGGGGUCUCUCCAACUGCCAUUGCAGUUCAAUCUCCUUACAUUGCGCAGGUACAACUGCUAAGAGAUACACUAGAAGAGUAUCCAGAGGCUUAUGGGGUUGAGGUUUCAACCAUAGAUAGUUUCCAGGGGAGAGAGGCAGACGCAGUGGUCAUAUCAAUGGUUCGGUCGAACUCCUUGGGAGCCGUAGGAUUCCUUGGUGACAGCAGGCGCAUGAAUGUAGCCAUUACUAGGGCACGGCGGCAUGUCGUGCUUGUGUGUGAUAGUUCUACUAUUUGUAACAAUGCUUUCCUGGCCAGACUCCUUCGCCAUAUCCGUCUCAAUGGCCAAGUAAGACAUGUUGAACCUGGUUCCUAUGGAGGUGAUUCUGGUCUUGGUUUCAGCCCCCCUGCCUUGCCCUCCAUCAGUUAGUGCUCCGCUCACUUGCCAAGAAAAAUAUUAUGCUUCAGUGUUCUGUUUCUGCAAGCAUAUAUGUAACCGCGGUACAAUGGUUCUGAGACUGGCAGUUUGUUGGUUCUCAAAUGUCUCGAUUCGCUCUCCUGAAAUCCUGAAUGACCUGUGUGGCUUACCAACUUGAGUUCGGUGCCCUGGGUUCAUACAACUAUAUUGCCUACCCGACGAUUGGCAAUUUUUGCCUGUACAUAUAAAUGUUGCAUAAUUGGAAUAUUCUGUUACAAAGAUGUACACUAACAUGAAAUUAGUAAAUAACUUAUUUUGCAUGGUCA